CCUUGAUUACGGAAUGUAAAUUAAGCGUGCAUCAUUUCAAGUUGUUUAUAUAUGCAGCUGCGUACACGAACAUCACUGGAUGGGUGUUGAGAUUGGUGAUUGGUGUUCAUUAGUAGUAUUAUUAUCACCAGCUGUAAUGUCGCAAAUUACGUCAACGGUUUGAUAUUACGUUUGAUUUAUUUGACCUAUUUACCCCGAUGUGUUAAUUUCUACAUUAAUUAGCUAACGUGUACUUAAGCUGGUCGUUAUUCACGCGUGAAUUCAUACCGUAAGACUCGCGUGGUAGUUUUGCCUAGCUCUCGAUUAGCUCGUGAUUAGUACACGCUCCGACUCAUGAUUAGUUCAUGUUUAAGGACGAGCAUGGAGGUCACGCUGAAGGAACUCCGGCAGAAACUGGAGAAGCAAUGCCAACUUAACCGGGAGCUGCAGAAUGAAAAGGAGGACUUGGAGACCAGGUUGAAGGAGAAGGAGAAGCUCGUGGAGGAGCUACAGAGUCGUUUGGAUGGGCUGGAUCAGUUGUCUCAGAGGUACAGCAAUGACCGCGUGGAGGUCCGGCAGAGCCGAGCAGCAGUCAUGGCUCCGGAGCCGAUUCCAGACGACAUGGACAUCUCGACCACCAGGGUCAAAAAGACUGCCAGUGAAAGAGCUCAGAUCAUGAAGGCAAUGCAGAAAAACGACUUCCUGAGUCGUCUGGAUGAGGAGCAGAUCAACAUGAUGGUGGAGCUCCUCACCACUCUGGACCGCUGUCCUGGUGAUGAAAUCAUUAAAGAAGGCACCGAGGGUGACAGCUUAUACAUUGUUGCAGCUGGAGAACUCCGAGUUACCCAGGCAGGGCGUAUUCUACGAACUUUGACCUCUGGAGACGUGUUCGGGGAGCUGGCCAUCUUGUACAACUGCAAACGGACGGCGACGGUCAAAGCGGUCACGGCGGUUAAGCUAUGGUGCAUCGAGAGACAGAUAUACAGAAGCAUCAUGGCAAUCAAGUCCAAGAAAAAACGAGAGCAGUUGAUGGGCUUCUUAAAGACAGCUCGCACCUUCAAAUCCCUGCGUGAUGGACAGCUCUCCAGCAUCAUUGACUCCAUGGAGGAGGUGAAGUUUCAGGAGAACGAGGUGAUCGUGCGUGAAGGUGCCGAGGGAGACACGUUUUACAUCAUCCUCAAGGGAGAGGUCGAGGUGACGAAGAAAGUGAAUGGGCAGCAGAAAAUCAUCCGGAAAAUGAAACAAGGGGAUCACUUCGGAGAACUGGCUCUUAUACGUGAGAACUUGAGGACGGCUACCUGUACCGCUUUGGGAUCGGUCACCUGCUUCGCCAUCGAUAAGGAGGCUUUUGAGGAGACAAUCCCAAUAGAAAUCCUGGAGCUACAUGAUGAUCCAGAUCUUCUGGAGAACACUCAGACUUCAAAGAAACAGAGCUUGGUGUCUUCUCUACAGCUGUCGGAUCUGAUCCCGGUCCUGUACCAGGAGGGACGCUACCAAGGAAGCCCCGUCACCUUGGGACUGGGGGGGUUCGGACGAGUGGAACUGGUAACCACGCUGUAUCAUGGGAAAUACUUUGCCCUGAAAAAGAUCAGCAAAAAGCUGAUAGUCGAGAAGAGGCAAGAAGAGCAUGUGCUGUUCGAGAAGAAGCUCCUGCUGGACAUUGAGUGUGACUUCAUUGUCAGGCUCCAUGACACUUUUAAAGACUCCCGAUACAUCUACAUGGUCAUGGAGUUUUGCUCAGGGGGUGAGAUCUGGACCAAGCUAAAAGAAGUACGCCGUUUUGAAGAGAACAUAACUGUGUUCGUAGCAGCAUGUGUGGUCGAGGCUUACUCCUACCUCCAUAAGAAAGACAUCAUGUACCGAGACCUGAAGCCAGAGAACCUCAUGCUGGACUCCAGGGGAUACAUCAAACUAGUGGAUUUUGGUUUUGCUAAGAAGCUCCAGCGAGGACAGAAGACAUAUUCCUUCUGUGGAACUCCAGAGUACAUGGCUCCAGAGAUCAUUCAGAAUCAAGGCCACGACUUUGGCGCUGAUUUCUGGUCUCUGGGUGUUCUGGUUUAUGAGCUUCUAGUAGGCAGCCCACCUUUUUCAAGCUCAGAGCCGCAGAGCAUCUACGCUAAGAUAUUGGAUGGUGUGAUAAAGUAUCCGCCGUACAUGGGAGAGGCCGCCCGAUCUCUCAUUAGCAAACUGUGCAGACCACGUCCAGGUCAAAGGUUAGGAAACACCAAAAAUGGAAUCAAAGACGUCCGUAAUCACAGGUGGUUUAACAACAUGAACUGGCACAAACUGAGGAUGAAACAGAUCAGCGCUCCUACAGUUAAACUCAUCAGAAAGGGUCCCUGCUACAUCAACUUCGACCGUUUCCCGUUCGAUAAGAGCCUGGCCGAGGAGGAUCUCUCCGGGUGGGAUCGAGAUUUCUAAGAGUCGUUGAGUUUGAGCUCCUGUACAUACUCUUACUCUUAAACAUCUGUGGACACGUUUUGGCUGCGUGUUCCAUCCUGAACACAGAAAACAGAGAAUGAUUCGGUAUAAAAAGCUUGUAAUUUAGCCAAAAAAACAACAACUGGACCAUCUGGUCGCUGUGGAGCUUAGCACCUGUGUCAAGACCUUCAUCAAAGAUACAGAACAUUACCUGGAUGUAGAUACUGAUGAUAUAUUAUGCUCUGUGAUGGAGUGGGUUUUUUUUUUCUUUCAUGGUGUAUUUGUUAUUCUUGUUUAGCACCAUUCUACGCUGAUAUUUUUAUGGAUAUUUUAAGUUUUAAUGAGUAUAACAAUCCAGCAGAAUUACUCCCAUUUAGAAUUUGUGCGAUGUCAUGAAACCUAGUCAUAAGACAACUAAAUUGUUUACACUUUUUCGAGAUCUUUAAAGAUAUGUGAUGAGUGCUAGAUAUACUCAACAUAUCCUGUAAAUUCAACAUAGUAAAGUAUACAUUGUACACCA